UCCAUUUUCGACCUUAUCCUAAGGACACUACUUUGAAUACAAGUUUAGUUUUAAUUAAAUAAGAUCUAGAGAUAAGAAUGUUGAAUCUUUUGGGAGAUAUGUGAAUCAUAGACAUUAAUUCACAUAUGGGAAUCCUCAGAAUUGUCGAAAAACAAUGCUUCGUUUGUGUAAUAAUACUUAAAAGAAGUAACCCUUGAUUUGAUCGUAUCAGAUUCCAAAAUUUGCAUUUAUCUAUAUAGACAAGACGAGUACACAUGUAUAAGAGAAACGCUCAGUAUAAAAACGAUGGUUUUUUCUAAGUUGGGAGGCAAGAGACACAGAAAUUUGAGAAGGCCUUUUAUAAGGAGCAUGAGUACUUCUCAAGGAGGUGAUCUUAGAUUUCAUCUGGUUGAUCCAAACGGGUCAAGCCCUACUAAAAAUAUUGUCAUCGUGAUGGAUGGCCUGACCGAAUUUACACCUGAGGUUCUUGAAUGGGUUCUUCAAAACAUAGUCACUCGUUCGGGAUGUGCCAUCACUCUUCUUGGAGUCAUGCCUUGGCUAAACAUUCCAUUGUCUACCAAGACUUGGUUGGAUAUUUGGUCAGUAGAUUUAGAAGAACUUGCGAAAGAGAGAAGUGAAAACAUCAAGAGCGAUUUCAAGUAUCUCAAGUUGAAGGCUGUUCUCGAUCUUUGCCGAAGUUAUGGGGUCGUGCUGCAGAAGAAAGUUGUAAUGGGAUAUCCCUCACGACUUCUGGUUGUCGAGCAAAUCAUAAGCCUUGGUGCAACAUGGGUCGUGUUUGAUAGGCAUCAAAAGAACACAGAGUUUUAUGCCAAAAAAGUUCCAUGCAACAUGGUUGUGAUGAACGAAAAUGGUGAGGCAGACAUGAUUAAAGGACGAACCGUAGUAGAAAAUAGCGGAGAAAUGAACACUGCUACUGCUACGGCUGGAGAAUCGCCUACUGUGGUACCACCUCCAGAGCUCGUUAUUUCAAACCAACUCAAGGGAUUCAUUGAAAAUGAGCGUUCUCAAGGAAUUUACGACGACCAAGAAUAUGAUGACAAUGAAGUAGUUUUAUGUGUUUAAAAUAUUACAAGCUAUAGCCACCUUCAUAUACUUUUUACAUAUAUAUAUAUAUAUUAAUGUGUUUUAGUAUGUAAUGCAUUUGUCAAUCAAUGCGCAUAACAAAUAAUAAUGGACACAUAAAUUAGAGCUUAAAGAUUAUAGAAAGUAUUUAGUCCUAUCAGGAUUCUUUGCCAUCAACUGAUAUCUAUGUUAUGACUUUUAAUGCUAUCUAUUAAUAAAUAUGU